CAUGCAUGUGUAGCUAGCGCUUACAGAAGUUUAACGGCGGGUCGUUCAGUUGUCAUUGACGGUACGGGGUAUGCAAGAUGGCAUCGGUGCGUGUGGCUGUGAGAGUCAGGCCCAUGAACAGCAGAGAGGAGGAUUUAUCUGCUAAGUUUAUAAUUCAUAUGGAUGGGAACAAGACAUCCAUAACCAACACGAAGAUUCCAGAGAGCACAUCAGGAGCCCCAGGGCGAGGAAAAACCAAAACGUUCACUUACGAUUUCUGCUAUGAUUCAGCAGAUGCCGGAAGCCCCAGCUUUGCGUCUCAAGAAAAGGUUUUUGAAGACUUGGGCUCAGAAGUGCUGAAAGCUGCUUUUGAAGGUUACAAUGCCUGCAUCUUCGCCUAUGGCCAGACAGGGUCUGGAAAGUCUUACACCAUGAUGGGAAACCCAGGGGACUCCGGUCUGACUCCUAGGAUCUGUGAAGGUUUGUUUAGCCGGAUCACUGGAAUGACACAUUGGGACAAGUCGUCAUUCCACACUGAGGUCAGCUACCUGGAGAUCUACAAUGAGCACGUCCGGGAUCUUCUCAGAAGGAAAUCCACCGAGACCUUCAACAUGCGGGUCAGAGAGCAUCCGAAGACUGGGCCCUACGUGGAGGGUCUGACCAAGCACCUGGUGCAGAACUAUGGCGAUGUGGAGCAGCUGAUGAAGGCGGGGAACAGCAACCGCACCACGGCCAGCACGGGCAUGAAUGAUGUCAGCAGCCGUUCCCAUGCCAUCUUCACCAUCAGCUUCACUCAGGCCAAAUUUGAUGCGGAAAUGCCAUGCGAGACGGUGAGUAAAAUCCACCUGGUGGACUUGGCGGGCAGCGAGAGGGCAGAUGCCACCGGAGCCACGGGCAUGAGGCUGAAGGAAGGGGGCAGCAUCAACCAAGCUCUCGUCACACUGGGAAAUGUCAUCUCCGCAUUGGCUGCCUUGUCUCAAAAUGGAGGGAUCUCCCAGGCAAAGAAGAAGCAGGUUUUUGUGCCGUACAGAGACUCUGUACUCACAUGGCUAUUAAAGGACAGCCUGGGUGGGAACUCCAAGACCAUUAUGAUUGCAACCAUCUCACCAGCAGAUGUCAACUAUGGCGAGACACUGAGCACCCUGCGCUACGCAAACAGAGCCAAAAACAUCAUUAACAAGCCUACAAUUAAUGAGGACAGAAAUGUCAAAGCAAUCCGAGAGCUGACGGCUGAAAUUGCACGUCUGAAAGCACUGUUGGCCCAGAGCAACCAGAGUACUGCGCUUGACUCCCCCACAACUUUGAGCAUGGAAGAGAAACUGCAGCAGAAUGAGGCUAGGGUAAUAGAUCUGACAAAGGAAUGGACAAAUAAAUGGAAUGAAUCUCAGAACAUACUCAAGGAAGAAGCGCUAGCUCUGAGAAAAGAGGGGAUCGGAGUGGUUCUGGACUCUGAAGUACCCCACUUGGUUGGCAUUGAUGAUGAUGUCCUCAGCGCAGGGAUCAUACUGUACCAUUUAAAGGAGGGAAGGACACAUGUUGGCUCUGAUGAUUCCACAAAUCAACAGGACAUGGUUCUUCACGGUCCGGGUCUAGGGAAGGAACACUGUGUGUUUGAGAACCUGAAUGGGACGGUGACUCUUGUCCCACUGCCCGGUGCUUGGUGCUCUGUCAAUGGGGUGACGGUGACUGAGCCUACACGGCUUAAUCAAGGUGCUGUCAUUUUGCUUGGGCGAUCAAACAUGUUUCGAUUUAACCACCCCAAAGAAGCAGCUGAACUCAGGGAAAAGAGAAAGAGUGGGCUACUUUCCUCCAGUCUACCUGACCUCUCUCAUACCUGCCAGGGCCUGUCAGCCAUGAUGCUGAACAACACAGGGCAGCGGAUUACAGAGGUGGAGGAGAAGCAGCUGCAGGUGAAGGCAGAGCUUGAGCGCGUCCAGCAGGAGGUCGAGUCCCAGCACGAGGAGGAGCAGCGGGCACAUCCACGCUUCCGCGAGCGGGAGGGCCAGGGCGCGCUGCGCGCGUCAGCUGAGCGGGAGAGCCACCGGCUGCUGCCGAGCCCCAGCUCUACAGCACUGCAGCAGCUCCAGGAAACCCAGGAGCAGGAGGAGACGGGGUGGAAGGGGAAGGAGAUCCAGGAGUCGCAGGGCAGAGAGGUCGUCGGCAGGCUGCAGGGCGGACAUGAGGCCCUGCUGCACGGCUCCUCUGAUGAGCAGGAGGUGGCGGGGCAGAGACACAAGCCAUCCACCCGAAACACCAACUUGGACGAGGCAGAGCUCCCGGUCUGCCUGCAGGCCCAGCACAGGACUCUGGAAGAAGACAGAGACAGGAUCAAUGCCUACAGUGAAGAAGAGGUGCAAAGACAGCUGCAGGAACUGAAUGUCUGCAGCCGGGACCAGAACACCGGGUUCUUUCUGUCGUCUGAAACCUUCAGGAGAAACCUGCCUGUGCCAGUAUUGCGGCCUAGCUUCCUGUGUCCCCCUGGGUUAGAGACCGCCACUCUCCGGGGUGGUGAGAGGGGGCUGAGCUCGGAAGAACCAGCGGGGACAAGUUGCCUUAAUGAGCGCCUCUGGCUGGGGGUGCGGGGCGACACUAAUGAUCAGGGAGAGGGUCACAUUGCCAAGGAGAGGGAGAUUCGGACGAAUCCCUCGACUGAGAAAGAGCGGGAUUUAUCGCCUCAUAAAUCAAGCGGGUGCGGGACGCCGGUGGAGUGGCAGGAGGGAGGGAAGGCGUGUCGGAAAAGCUCGGAAGAGGCCGAGGACAGGCCCGGGGAUCAGGCCUGGGAGCACUUGCCUGUCCUGCCUGCCGGUGAUGGAUCUACCGGCGAGCCUUGCCGCGCUGGCGAGAGACGAGCUAACGAGAGCGGAGGCGUCCUUGGCGACGACCGCCGGGACCACCAUCGUUCCCGCCGCGGACCUGGAGGGACCUCGUUAGAUGAUGUGUCCCGCCAUUGGCUUGCUCAUUCUCAAAUCGAGAGAGGGGACACGGAUAGAGCAGCUCUCCUGAAAGCUAGCACUCUCCAUUCACUUUCUUUACACAGUCAGAACCAAUCAGAUCAGUCAACGGGGAGAGUCCAUCUAAGGGCCCAAUUUGGGCCAGCAGUGAUCUCCAAGGUUUCCAUCGGAGGUGGCUCUGGGAGAGGGCCGAAGUCCAUUUCUGAGAUGGAAGUUGUUUCCCAGGACCUCGGCGCGGAAAAAAACUACAGCCUGGGAAACAUGACCAGCAGACUCUCCUGGAUGUUUAAGGACGCCGGCCGUCUCCUGCAGAGCACUCAAAGAGUCAUGCAGCAGGUCAGGGAGGUGGACUUGCAGUCAGCGAGCAGCUGGUACCAGCAAAUGUACUCGGCCGUUAAAGAGCUGCCAUUUGUGCAGCUCAUACAGCUUGAAGUGACUCUUACACCAGAUGUCAGGCAAAGAGGAGUGCAUCUGGCAGAUUCGCCCGGGAUCCGUCUGUGUGGUACCAGUGAGCCUGGCGCAGAGCUGCCGGCACAGGGCACCGCAGGGGAACUCGGGUCACCUAAGAGCUCUGUGACAGUGUGUAAAAAUGAGGAUCUUCAAGUAUACUGCCAGAGGCUUGUGGAUUUUCCUCAGUGUCUGCUGGAGCUGCAGUCUCUACCUUUGCACAGCCUGCUGGCCUGCUUAUGCCACCUGAUACCAGGAGAUGUGAUCUCUUCCCAGCGGGUCCUCGACAUCUACUGGCUCAGUCUGGCCACCUGCAAGCAUCCCACUCCCCAGCCUGGUUUGUUACUGUUGUUUGACUACACCCUCUUUGCUGUGACCUCUGACCCUGAUGUCAGGAACAGCAGACAGUCUUUAGCAGUGCUUUAUCAGCUCCCCCUGGUGCAGAUCAAGGACAUCCACAUUGGGUUUGCUGGGCAGAACAUCAGGCUCAUGAGCUCCACAGAAGAAACCAUUUUAGUUGCCUACACCCACAGCAAGCACCUCACCCAGGAGCUGUGCAAGGCCCUACUAAAGGUACUGUGUCCUGCUGCAGAGAAGGACAGGACCAGAGAUCAUCCUCUCCUUCAAGGGGAUCUCAUGCAGCUAUCUCUGGACUGGAGGUCUCACACCCCCGACCUCAUCCUGGAGGAGGGGCCGAGAGUCAGCUGCCAGUUCAAAAAAGUCCUGGCAGACCUGGUCUACCUCCUCCACGGCAACAUGAUGAAGGACAAGCCCUCCCUGGGCGAUGUCCGCCUGCUUCUCUACACCAGUGUGAGUGUGGGUGUGAACGUGACCCCCCACGCGCGCCUCGCCCGCCUGUCGCAGUUCAUCCUGACGGACACCCAUGUGGGCCUGCUCCAGCAGGACGCCGUGUUUCACCCCGCGCCGCGAUCCCUCGCCACGGUGCCCAGACGCGCCCAUUUCGAGGGGAUCACCCUGCGCAGUCGCUCCGACGUCCGCUGCGUGCUGGUGGCUGACAGAGACGCCCCCACCAAGCUGGACAUCGUCUUUGCCAGGGCUGCGUGCGGGAGUCACCCUGGGCACCCGGCCCAGAGAGGAAGUGGCAUGGCGCUGGUCCCAUCUGCCCCAGGCCGUAACUCAUUCCCCCAGCCUGAAGUCUGGAAAUUAACUUUCGGCUGUGCCAUGGAAGCUGCCUUCCUGAUUAAUAACUUGUCAAAUGUCUGA